GGCAGUAUGGAAAUGGAGAGGCUGGGGAGAGGAGGAACCAAAGCGAGCGCGGGCCCCAACACUCUCCUGAAAGCUGCACUGGCUGUGUGUGUAUGUGUCUGCAUCGCACUGCUGAUCGCCGUCAUCACGGUAUCACAAAAAGCAAGCAAUGAAGACCUCUGUCUAGGCCCACACUGCGUUGAAGCAGCCGGAUCUAUCCUGAGUAAGAUGGAUCAGUCGGUGGACCCGUGCGAUGACUUCUACCAGUACGCAUGCGGAGGCUGGCUUAGGGAAAACCCCAUUCCCGAAGACUCAUCAAGCUAUGGGAUUUACCCAUGGCUCAGACAGAACGUAGACCUCAAGCUGAAAGAGUUAUUAGAGCAGCCCGUGAGAAGUGGAGAUAUUGAGGCUGUGAAGAAGGCCAAAGUCCUGUACGCAUCCUGCAUGAAUGAAUCUGCGCUGGAGAUUGAGGAUGCCAAUCCUCUGCUGAAGAAUCUAAAGCAGAAAGAAUUCCGCUGGCCAGUUUUGGGUGAUGCACUGGGCUCUUCCUCACGCUGGGUGGAGUCUCAGUUUAACCUGCUGGAGACAUUGGCACAGAUUCGCAGUCAGCACAGCAAGUCUGUUCUCAUCCGGCUUUUUGUCGCUCCUGAUGACAAGAAUUCUAACCAGUACAUCAUCAAGCUGGACCAAGCCUCUUUGUCCCUGUCAUCCAGAGAAGAUUACAUCACCAACACAACGGAGGCACAAAUGUACCGAGAGGCACUUUUAAGGCUGAUGGUUGACGUUUCUGUCAUGCUUGGAGCAAGUGAGCAGGCUGCUGAGGCUCAGAUGAAAUCGGUACUUGAUUUUGAGAUGAAACUUGCACAGAUCGUGAUCCCUUAUGAGAACCGCACUAGUGAGAACAUGUACAACAAGUACAGCUUGUCUAAACUGCAGCGCACUGUUCCAGAUUUUAACUGGCUGGGUUUCGUCAGAGCAGUGAUUGACACAGAGUUGUACCCGGAUCUGAAAAUCUCCUCUUCAGAGCAGGUGAUCGUACGUGCUCCACAGUACUUUAAAGACCUCUUCAAACUCAUCAACGCCACAGACACCAGGACAGUUGCCAAUUACGUCAUAUGGAGAUCGGUUUUCUCCCGAAUCACCACUUUGAGUAGACGAUUUCUCUACAGAUACCUGGACUUUGCUCGGGUUACUACAGGGACCACCUCUCUGACCCCUCGCUGGGACAAGUGUGUCAAUUAUGUUGAAAACACACUCAUCUAUGCCGCUGGUAGGCUCUUUGUUGAUAAGCAUUUCCAGGAGGACAAGAAGCACAUGAUGGAGGAAUUGAUCAAUGGCAUCAGAUGGGCAUUUAUUGACAUACUAGAAAAAGAGAAUGAAUGGAUGGAUGAAGAAACAAAGAGAAAAGCGAUAGAUAAGGCUCAUGCAGUUCUACCAAAAGUGGGUUACCCAGACUUCAUUUUAAAUGACACCUAUAUUAACGAAGACAUCAAAAGGUUGGCGUUCACUAUGACUGACUACUUUGGAAACGUCAUGCAGACUCUGAAGUUCAUCGCUCAGUCUGAUAUCGGCUGGCUGAGGAAAACAGUCCCACGCACAGAGUGGUUCACCAACCCGACUACAGUCAAUGCUUUCUACAGCUCCUCCACCAACCAGAUCAGAUUCCCUGCAGGAGAACUUCAGAAGCCUUUUUUCUGGGGACUUAACUAUCCUCGAUCCUUGAGCUAUGGAGCGAUUGGUGUAAUUGUGGGCCACGAAUUGACCCAUGGCUUUGAUAACAAUGGCAGGAAAUAUGACAAAGAUGGAAACCUGGACCAGUGGUGGAGCAACUCCUCAAUCAACCGCUUCACUGAAAAGACACAGUGCAUGAUUGACCAAUACAACAGUUACUACUGGAAGGAGGCUGGGCUAAAUGUCAAGGGGAAGAGGACUCUGGCGGAGAACAUUGCUGACAAUGGAGGGAUCAGAGAAUCUUUCAGGGCCUACAGGAGAUGGGUCGAGAAAGAGAGAGGAGGUGUCGAGGAGCCUCUCCUGCCUGGUGUGGGUCUGACCCAUAACCAGCUGUUCUUCCUCAGUUAUGCUCAUGUUCGCUGUAAUGCCUACAGACCAGAAGCGGCUCGUGAUCAGAUCCAGAGUGGAGCUCACAGCCCUCCUAAAUAUAGGGUUAUUGGAGCGAUGAGCAACUUUGAAGAGUUCCGUAAAGCUUUUAACUGCCCUGAGACGUCAAUCAUGAACAGGGGGGCGGAGUCCUGUCGAGUGUGGUAAUGUGAAGACUUCGAUCACAGCACAACCCAAACCUCCUGAUUUUGUCCCACAGGGGCCGUGCUGACCAAUGAAUGGCCCUUAGCCGUCAGCCACUGGAAAACUGUAGAAAAUACAUGCAGUGCCUACAACACCUGAAAGCUUUCAAACACAUCUGCAGCUUUGUUUUUACUGUCUGACCUCAAUUGAAAUGUACAAAUAGCAACACGCGGACCACAAAAAUUCCCUGAAGGCCUUCCUUCGGUUCAUCACUGCUUUUUUAUUCAUACAAAUUAGGCCGCACUGUCGCUUUAAGAGUGCUAUAAAUUAUUAUUGUUGUUGAUGUUGGUUAAAGUUGGUAAUUGUCUCUUUUUAUUGUAUUGAAAACGUGAGUAAAUAAUGAUUUUUUUUUCUGAUGUGU